GGCGCAUCCAUCGAGGAGCAGCUCAUCGAAGCCUGCCGGCGCGACAACGUCGAACUCCUGACCGAGCUCCUCGAAGACAAGGAAGACUCCGAAAUCACCAGGCUCCUCAACCAAACCACCACCGUCAUGGGCAACCACCUCUACCACGAGGCAGCCUCGCGCGGCAACUACGACAUCAUCGACCACCUCCUCGACCAGCCCGACUUCGAAUGCGACCCCAUCAACCGCCAGGAAGGCGACACCCCCCUGCACUCCGCCAUCCGCUGGCUCAACGCCGAACCCCCCGCCCAGCGGCCCUUUGGCCACCACCUCAUCGACAUGAUGCUCGAGGCCGGCUCCAACCCGCGCAUCAAGAACAAGGGCGGCCUCACCGCCGCGCAGCUCGUCGACCCGCGCAACCAGGAGCUCCGCGACCUCAUCCAGAAGCACAUCUACGCCACCCAAAACGCCGGCGACUUCAUCAGCGUCAGCAGCAGCGUCGCUGCGCCGGGUGAAGAGGAUUACGACGACGACGACGCCGAGUUCAGCGGAAGUGACGAGGAGGAGCGAGCAGAGUGGGAGCGCAGACGGAAGAACAGGCGGUAA